AUGACUAGCCUGGAUACUAGUCUCGCACAGUCAGGGCAUCAACACAUACCCGCAGCACCUAAACCUUCAGUGGCUGAGCCUGAUCCGGAGCCGGAAGAAUCACAGGCAAGGUAUGAUCCGAUGGGUGUGGAUCUAGGUGCAGUGCCAGAGGAGGAACUCGGAGAAGAAGAGCCUAAAGAGGCACCGGAAAAAGAACCCGAAGACGAGCCAGAAGGAGAUCCAGAAGUAGAACCAGAGGAUGAGCUACAGGAAGAGCCAGAAGAGGAGUCUGAAGAGGAGGAGCGAAUUGAGGUUUCGUUAGAGUCGGGUGAUGAGGAUAACCCGAUUGAGAUCGAUGCUGACUCUGAGCCCUCAGAGGAGCAGGUGGCUCAGGGGGAAUCAGAUUCGAGUUCUGGGGAGUCUGACUCGGAGUGGACACCAUCCAGAGGGCGUAGGGGCUAG